UACAAAAUACAAAAAACUUCACUAAAACAAAAAAACUAAAAAUUUCAAUGCAGUCAUUGUCUUUGUCACUUUCAUUUCUAAUCAAAUUGUAAUCUUAAAAUAUUUGAAAACAUCAAUUUCAAUUGACUAUUACUUAUAAAUUAGAUUAAUCAAUUCUAAUGUAUAAUUUAUUAGCAUUCUACUAUAAAUAAGAAAUUUAAUUUUAAUUAUAAUUAUUAGAAGACUCUAAAAUCAAAUCUAAAAUCAAAUCUAUAAGAUGUCUUUGUAUGAUGAUUUUGAUGCUGUAAAGCAGAAGUCUGAUGGAUGGUCUUCUGGCAUGAAAUUAUUUCAAUCACAAAUGCAAUUGAAGAAAGCUGCCCAGACCCAACCAAGAAGAGAAGCAGCACGCAAAACAACUUCAGUUUUAGCACCUGUUAUUGACUUAAAGAAAAAAGAUGAUGAUGAUCCUAUGUUUGAUCCAGGACUUGGAUUUACAAUUUUCCCACUUGCUAGGGAAGGAAAGAAAGUACAACGUCCUUCAUUUCCUCCUAUGGACUGGCCCUUUGAUGGAAUUGAAUAUGAUCCAAUGAUUCCUAAUGAUUAUGAAAGAGUUGUAAGAGAUUUAAGAGAUAUGCGCGAUAAAGAAAAAGAAAAGGAAGAUGAAGAACGACGUAAAAGAAGAGAAGAGCGUAAUAAAAAUAGAGAUUCAUUUAACAUGAUAGAUUCUGUUAACAUGACUCCUAGUAAUGAUGAACGAAGAAAAACAGGUUUUGCAGGCCGUAAAGAUAGUGAUAGUGAUGAAGAAGAUUCAAAACCUGUGUCGAGAGUUCCUGGUGCUGCUAUUGCACCACCACCAUCAUUACAAGAAUCUAUAAUAUCAUCUCCUGGUCCACAAACUCCUAGCAUUGGUGUAGGUAUGGGAGUUGCUGCAAAAAUUAUGGCUAAAUAUGGUUUCAAGGAAGGCCAAGGUUUAGGUAAAAAAGAGCAAGGUAUAUCGGUUGCCUUGCAAGUAGAGAAAACUAGUAAGAGAGGAGGUCGCAUAAUUCAUGAAAAACCAGGAGGUAAUUUAUCACCUCCUAUGUCUGCAUUAAUUCAAGAUGAUUUUGUCGCUCCAGCACCACCACCUCCAAAACCUUUACAAAGUAUCACAGAAAUAAUGAAAGUACAAUCAAAGGUUGUAUUAUUGCGAAAUAUGGUGGGGCCUGGAGAAGUUGACCAAGAUCUUGAACCUGAAGUGAAAGAUGAAUGUAAUACAAAGUAUGGCGAUGUUAAUAAAGUCCUUAUCUACGAAUUACCUGAUGUCGAUCCUGAAGAAGCUGUCCGUAUAUUUGUAGAAUUUAAACGUAUUGAAUCAGCAAUCAAAGCUGUAGUAGAUUUGAAUGGAAGAUUUUUUGGUGGCAGACAAGUAAAAGCUGGAUUUUAUGAUGUUGAAAAAUUCAAUAGUUAUCAGUUAUUAGAUUAGAUUCAAAAGAAUAAAGUUUAAUUGAGACUUUUUAUUUUUACUUAUUAUGACUAUGUAAUAAUUAAUACUAAUUGUAAUAUACAAAAUAUAUUUUUUUUAAUUUUAA